AUGGCCACUCAACUCCCGCAGCUGCCCAAUAUUAGGAGAUUGAGUAGCAGAGGACAAUACUACCUCAUCGGCCAAGACCGCGAACGACUCCUCAUAGACAAGGAGGAAGGGCGGCCAAUCUGGUCCGAGAGCCUGAAGUCCGCGUUGGCAACUGAAAACUCUACUAUCAAAACGGUUCCCCUGACCCAUUGGCACCCAGACCCCAACCUGGGGAGUGCCAGAUCUACUGAACAUCUGUCCUAA